GCUUCGCGCAAAGCAAGUAGCGCGACUUCAGUCGCCCAUACGGAAACCUGCAUUAACAGGUAACUUUACCUCUAGAUGCAUCGUUGAGAGUGAAAGUUUAAACAGUGAUUGUGACGUACUCCUGAACUCGAUAUCGUACGUUACGGGUUUCAUCGUAUCCGCGCCGACUCUAGCCCCAAGGAAAGUUUCAUAAUUGCUGUAACCGAAAAAUGAUUUCUCUGCAACUUUUUGGAUUGUUUCUGUUUCUUUUUGGCAGAUCUCUCGCUGCAGAAUUUGCGGAUCAUUUCAAAAAUUGCCAUCCGACUAUUUCUGGAUUUGAUGCCUGCGUACGAGAAGGACUGAAUGCAAUUCGUCCUUUCUUUAAAACGGGACUAGCGAAAUACAAUUUGGAACCCUUUGACCCGUUUUAUGCAAAAGAAAUAUCGGUUAGAAGAGGUGCACCGAGCGUAGGAUUCACAUUAACUCUAAGAAACAUAACCGAAAGUGGCUGGUCAGCAAGCAAAGUCACCAAAUUCGUCAGUGAUUUGUCAAAUUACAAGGUGGUUUACACGCAGCAUUUUCCGGAGAAAGCGCUAGCCGGUGACUACGAGUUUUCUGGGUCUUUUUUUGGCAGAAAAAUGAAUAACAAGGGAAAAUUUACACUUAUUCUAUAUAAUCUUGUGCAGACAACAACUGUAACUAGAAUCCCAAAUUCAAAAGUGCAAGUGAAGGUUUAUGUGCUAUCUAUAGGGAAUUUGAAACUGCACAUAACAAAUUUACUUCAAGGAAGAGACUUUUUAGAGACUGUUUUGGAUAGGAUCAUCAACGGAGCUUGGCAACCUGGAUUCGCUAUUACGAGGCCGUUGAUCAAUGAAUUAGUAUCAACAGCAUUUACGGAUAUCUUUGGAAGGGCCUUUCAAAACUUUCCUUUUGAAGAAAUUAUUAAACUUAAACCUGUCAAUAGCAUUAAAAACACAUAAAACUGUAUAAUUCUUUAAUAAAAUGUUUGUCAAGGCUGUGGAGAAAAAUAACACAUUAUUUACUUUUCCGAUAAUGCUUGUGGACAAAUCCAAGGAGGCAUAAAGUAUUUGUGCAAUGUACAUACAGUAUGACAUAUGAGAUAAAGAAAUUAAGCCUUCUUUAGACAGAGGAUCAAUAUUUGUAAGUUUUGUAUAUAAUAAGAAAACAUUAAAGGUGGUAUGAUAAACUUUUCUAAAAGUAAUCAUAAUUUUCACGACAUUUGAAACUCACGCCCAUGUCAGGAUUACUUUAUCUACGUUAUUGGCUUUAAAUAACGUGCAGCUUCUGUGGGCAAACAAGUUUUGGC